AGUCCAUGCUUCUUGUCUUUUGACUAUUUUUUCGGAUCUUGAUUCGUGAGGCAUAUAGAUCUGAGUUUAAGCUAACAUAGACAGACACACACACUGUUGAGAAGCAGAAACUUGUGUUGUGUAUCGACCAAAAUGGUGAGUGAGAAUGGGAAGAAUGAGAAUGAGUCAUCAAAAAUGUCUUUCAGAAUAACAAAAGAUGACAGGUUCUUCUCAAGGCUUUUGGCGAAGGAAAGGUCGAGCCUGAACUCUUCCUCAAGGAUCUUCUACUACGGAGAAACUUCAGUGGCAGUACCCUUCACGUGGGAGGCACAACCUGGAACCCCCAAACACCCCUUGUCAGAGACCUCUCUCCCUCCCCUCACACCUCCACCUUCCUAUUUCCCAAGCCCCAAUAAGUCCCACAUCGCUGCAAACCCAAGAAAUCCCAAGUCCAAUAACAAUAUAUUCUCAUGCAUUUUGCCAAAGCUUGUCAAGUCUCAUCAUGUGUCACCAUCUUGGUCAACCUCAUCUUCUUCUUCUUCUUGCUCCUUGGUGUAUUAUUCAUCGUCCACCGAGUUCAACAAAGAUCAAGGAACAAACUCUUUGAAACGCAAGUGUUAUCGUCGAAUAUUUGGAGGCUGCUUUUCCUUUGGGAACACUAGUUGCUAUGUGUAUUUUGGGAGAUGUUAAUUAGUCUGCUGGGAUCAGAAGUGUCCAGCAUACACAUUCAUGUCAUUUCUCGUGACCAAGACUAAUAGCCAUGUGCUUCAAACUCCAAUCCAUUUUUCACUCUUUUCUCCUAUUAUACUUUAUACCUUUUUUCUUUUAGUUCUAGUUUAAUUUAAAGCUUUUAUUUUACUAUUUCAAUGUUAUUUGAACUACU